AUGGAAACAAUUUCCAGGAUAUCCUCGAUGCUGGAAACAGCUCGAGAGCUCACAUUAGAGGCUGCCCAGUCCGCUGCUAUCAAUCGGACCUCAGGGACCGACUAUACCUCGCGAACAUACAGCCCCGCACACAUCAAGAAGCUCCUUGACAGUCGCCAUGAGCGGGAAGUCCUGGAUGGAAUGCGGAGGGUCAUCUCGUUGAUGUACCGGUCCGAGCCCUCCCUUACUUUCUUUUCAGCAGUUGUCAAGAAUGUGUCUAGCGCCAACCUCGAAGUCAAGAAAUUGGUUUACAUCUACUUGGUCCAUCAUGCGGAGGCGGAGCCGGAUCUGGCACUACUAUCCAUCAACACGAUCCAGAAAUCGCUGACCGAUUCAAGCCCACAGGUUCGAACAAUGGCGCUUCGGACUAUGUCGGGGAUCCGGGUUCCGGUGAUCAGCCAGAUUGUGUCGCUGGCCAUCAAGAGAGGAUGUGGGGAUAUGAGUCCACACGUGCGCAAAGCGGCCGCUUUGGCUAUUCCAAAAUGUUAUCGUCUGGACCCCAACACAUUGCCACAACUGAUGGGAUAUCUUGAGACACUUUUGGGUGAUUCUCAAUACUUCGUCGUUGGCCCCACAGUCGCAGCAUUCUUGGAUCUGUGUCCGGAUGAGAUUGGCCUAAUCCAUAAACACUAUCGCAGCUUAGUCAAGAAGCUGGCUGAUAUGGAUGAAUGGGGCCAGCUAGCAACUUUGCGUCUGUUGACAUUUUAUGCACGAAAAUGUUUCCCUCGCCGAACUCAGAAGGUUAAGCGCACAGCCCCAGAGGCAUUCUACGACAAUGAAAAUCAGCAGCAGGAGCAAAAUGAUGCCGAAGAGUAUGAAGUUUCGGUAAUAGACCCUGAUCUUGAACUUCUACUCCGAGCUUGCAAGAUUCUACUGCAGAGCCGAAACUCCGCUGUCAUUGUCAGCGUUGUCCGUUGUUUCCUUUACCUUGCUCCACCAGAAUAUAUUGCGUCAGCAGUUGGUCCCCUUGUGGCUCUUCUACGAAGCCCUCGGGAUAUGCAACUCAUCGCUCUGUACAAUAUUGUUGCCGUUGCUUUAAGGGCCCCCAAGCCUUUCGCGAAGUACACGGCCCAUUUCCUUGUCCACGCCAACGACCCACCGCAUAUCUGGCGCCUCAAACUGGAGGUGCUCACCAUCUUGUUCCCGCAUUGUGGAAGACACUGGAAGGGAGUCAUAAUCAGCGAACUGGAGCACUUCUCCAAAGGUACAGAUCCUGAGCUAGUACGAGAGAGUGUCCGAGCUAUUGGGCGCUGUGCGCAAGGGGAUACAAGUACCGCAGGCAUGUGCCUACGGAUCCUUCUAGGCCAGAUAUCUAGUCCAGACGGCAACCUCGUGUCAGAGUCGCUGACUGUUAUUCGUCACUUGAUCCAACAAGAUCCAGCCUCACAUAAAAAUACUGUCCUCCAGCUCGUUAAAAACCUAGCUUCAACAACCCAUCCAGAUGCACGAGCUACCAUUGUCUGGUUGGUUGGCGAGUUCGCUGGAAUUGACCCAGAGCACAAUAUCGCGCCCGAUGUCCUCCGCGUUUUGAUCAAAGGGUUCGCAGAUGAGAUGGAAAUUGUCAAGCAGCAGAUUGUUCUCCUCGGUGCCAAGGUGUAUUUACACCAUCUCUUGCAGAAUCCACCAAAAGAACAGCCGGAACAAGUUGCAUCGCCGCCAUCUCCCGAAGCCCCCGCCAAACCCCAACAAGAGUUCCACAACGAAUGGAAUGACAAUAGGGAUGAUGAACCGCAAGAUGCGGAGCGAAAUGAAGAGGAGGACGAAAGCCGUCAAAAAACUGAGGGGACUGAAACGAAGGAAACAGAAGAAGCCACCGAAGACCGUAUUACGUUAUUAUGGCGGUAUAUCCUCCUUCUCGCACGAUAUGACACAUCCUACGAUUUACGUGAUCGAGCACGUCUCUACAAAAACCUCUUGGAAACGCCGUCUUCCACCCAACUUGCCAACCUCCUUCUCCUGGCACCAAAGCCCGUCCCCCACGCCCCCAGCCCAUCUGAGACGCGCAAAGACUUGCUAAUCGGCUCUACCACUCUUGUUGUCGGCCCCGACGCUGGUUACCACGGAAUUCGAGGCUACACGAAUAUCCCAGACUGGGUUGAGCCAGGCCAAGAGCCCAACCCCAAUCUCCGCACUGAAGAUGUGAAAUUAGAUACAUCCAGCAACACCACUUCUCUGACUGCAGGUGACCGCCUCGAUAAAGCACUUCGUGAGCACAAACCCACUUCUGUUCCAAGCCGAAAUAGUCCGGCUAUGCCUAUAGACCCGGCCGGGAAGAAGACUCUUGACCAGUGGCUACAAGAGGAGGAGGAGGAGGAGGAGGAAACCGAGACGGAGUCUGAAACAGAUUCCGAGGAAGGCGAAACGGAUUCAGAGGAAGAGGAGACGGACUCGGAAGAAGAGUCUGGCUCAGAGGAGGAAGAUGACUCUGAAGAAGAGACUGAUUCUGAGACUGAAGCUGUGAAUAAAGAGGCACGGCAGUUGCUUCAUUGA